AUGUUCGUUUUACUGUUUUUAUGUUCUUUUGCUUUAGACCUUGAUUUCGUCGCCUGUAAUACGCGUAUAAUAGGCGGUCAUUUUGCAACUCUUGGUCAGUUUCCUCAUCAAGUCUCGUUACAAGUGAAGAGUAAGAGUAAACAUUAUUGUGGUGGUUCGUUAAUAUCGGAAAAUUAUGUCUUGACUGCUGCUCAUUGUACCACUGGUCAGCACGCUGAUGCAAUAAAAGUGGUAGCCGGUACUGUGGAUCUGUUAGCUGGCGAUGGGCAGACUUUCAAUGUAACCGAAAUUAUUGUCCAUCCGCAUUAUAAUCGUCGCACACAAGACUACGAUAUAGCUUUGUUAACUUUGGAUCCUCCAGCAAACUUUAAUACUUCGACUGUUAAUAAAAUUCAUUUAUCAGAUAUGAACAGUAAUUAUGCGGCAAAUACCUUAGCUACGAUAAGCGGUUUUGGUGCUGUGAGUAGUGAUCUUAAAUUGCCGAAUAAGCUCAAGUAUGCUUAUGUUCAAAUGUGGAGCCGCGACUAUUGUAAUCCUCACAAUAUACCCGGUAUAACGGAUCGCAUGAUUUGUGCUGGACAUCCAAGCGGUCAAGUUGGUUCUUGUCAGGGAGACAGUGGCGGCCCGCUAACUGUCAACGAUAUGCUUUUUGGUAUCGUUUCAUGGGGUUUUGGUUGCGGGAUAACCGGUAAACCGUCUAUGUACACAUACGUCGGUGCCUUACGCCCGUGGAUUAAGCAAAACUCUGGAGUUUAAAACAAAUAUGUGUGAAAUUAUAAUAAACUAAAUGAAUGGAAACGGAACAGAAGAGAUUUUUCGUUUUGAUUUUAAUUUUGGGGCCACCUCAUAAGAGUUCAAGAAACGCAACUAUCAACUCGGCAAUCAAUUCGCAGACCGUUUAAUCA